AACUUGUCCUCAGCCUCUCAGUUCUCUAGUUAGGUGAAGACAGGAACCUGCAUGUGUCAUCUAUCGUGUACAAUGUACACUGUAUCUCGCGUUCAAGGCGGUCGCGUGCUCGUUGUUGCUACCAGCUGGAAAUAGGUGAGGAUGGUGGAGAUGUCGAUCGAAGUACAUUGUCGGUCGUGACUUCAUUUUGACGUUACAUCCUUCUGUCAGCCAUUAACGAUUCGACUGCAAGGUCCACGGAUUCUUCCAGACUAUGACGUGAAGAACACAAAGACUGCUUACCCUUGGCAUAAGUUAGCUACUGGUAUUUGCCUUGGACCUGGAAAUACUCUCCUUUCAAUCGCUCGAAACCUCCAGAUCAAAAUCCUCUUUCAGCAAGCACUCACAGAAUACAUACAGACGAUCAAUAAUGCCUCGAGGAGCAGAUUAUGACAACGGAGUUCCCCAGUCCGACAACGCCAUUGGCGGGGAAAAGGAAAUCAUCCACGGGGGUGACGGAAAGCCCACAUCCGAAAGCGACGUUGCAGGAGCCAAGAAGACUGCUCCUUUACCAGAAGGCCUGAGCGAGGUCAACGACGAAGUUCACAGUGGUGGAGGGAGCAGAGGCAAUCAGGAAGGAAGUGGAAAAGGUGGUCACGAACCCAAGACACUCGGGGAGUUGAAGGGCACGAAAACAGCGGGCAAAAAUACCGGCGGCGAUCCCACUCUAGCAGCCAAACAGCCGCCGACCGUGUUUGAUGGGAAAUAAACUUGAUCACGACGAGGCAUGCACAUACAUACGGUAACUUGAAUGACAUAUUUGUAAGGAUAUUGGCGUCGAGGACUUUGCCAGGAAGCUGCGGCAACUCCAUUGCAUGAGAGAUCUGGAUCGGGUCGAAGGUCAAAGCAGACCUCAAUGAUGUGGAUCUUGACCAAAAAUGAUAUGCUUUAAACAUCUCG